AGAGCCAUCAUGAAGAUCGAGAAAGUUCUGAUUGCGGACGAUAUCGAGAAAGAAUGCACCGAUCUGCUGAAAGCUCAUGGAAUUGAGGUUACUGUAAAAACUAAACAGACAAACGACGAGCUAAAGCUUUCUCUGCCAGCUCAUGAUGCUGUGAUUGUUCGAAGUGCCACUAAGAUUACUGGUGAACUAAUCAAAGCUGGUGCUGCCGGACGUCUGAGACUAAUUGGUAGAGCCGGUACCGGAAUAGACAACAUCGAUGUUCCAAAUGCUACUGCGAACAAAGUUCUUGUCAUGAAUACACCACAGGCCAAUUCUCGAUCGGCAGCUGAGCUGACCUGCAUCCUCAUUUUGAGUCUCACUCGACAUGUCCCGCAAGCUGAUGCAUCCAUGAAAGCUGGCAAAUGGGCUAGAAAGGAUUAUAUGGGAGAAGAGGUUUUCGGUCGCACACUUGCGGUUAUAGGACUUGGCAGAAUUGGUACCGAAGUUGCAACUCGUCUGCAAGCAUUUGGAAUGCGUGUUAUUGGUUACGAUCCAAUGUGCACGAAAGAGCAAGCAGCAGCAAAGAACGUCGAGUUGGUGACUCUCGAUGAACUCUGGCCACAAGCUGACUUCAUUACUGUCCAUGUACCACUUAUUCCAGCUACAGAGAAUCUUAUAAAUGCUGAAACUCUCGCCAAGUGCAAAAAAGGAGUAAAAAUCAUCAAUGUGGCUCGAGGAGGAAUUGUUAACGAAAAUGAUCUUGUUGAUGCUCUCAACUCAGGACAAGCUGGUGGAGCAGCGUUUGAUGUCUUUGUUGAGGAACCACCCAAAUACCGCGGCCUAGUCGAGCAUCCAAAGGCUAUUUGCACUCCCCAUUUGGGAGCUUCUACCAUUGAUGCCCAGUUGAGAGUGGCCACCGAAGUUGCUGAGAAUAUCAUACAACUCAACAAGGGAAAUGUGCUGGGAGCGCUCAAUGCCAAGGAAGUUCUAUAAGGGGCACUAUACUGCAUGCUAUGACAGAAGCUCCCAGAAUUUUCACUUUGUGAUUUCAAAGUUAACUUAUUUAUUUGAG